GUGCGGAUAAUUACUCUCGAGAGAUGCUGAUAAAGUCGUGAGCCGAUCGUUGCUGAUGCGUCGUGUGCAGAGUGAGAGAGUUGGGGAAAAAACGGAAUCAACAAGUGAAGAUAUCGUGCGCCAUUCGUAUCUUGAUCAGCUCGAGAGCUUGUUCUGCUUAUUUUAAUGGAGGGACGCCUAUUAACUCGGUUCUUACUUCAUCGACCCAUCAAAAGUCUCUGCUAUCCAUGUGACCAUGCAUGUCGCCUGUGUCACCGCCGAUGUUUCCGAGAACGCCACCCUCGAAGUCACCAUCGCCCAGAUCCCCUCCACCAGCAUCACCUCCAUCAUCCGUACCACAGUCAGGUAAAUUGACAGGUUCUAGAGUGAAGUCGCUCGGAGCCGGCUCCGGUUCGUGGGCAGGGGCGCCUCCAUCGCAGGUUGUUCAGCUGGAGGAUAGGGGUCCGCUGGUUCAUGGGGAUCACCGCAUUCUCUGUCUCGCUGACGACCUGUUGGUACGAGAAGCCGAGGAUGGGAAUGAGGUCAGGUCGCACCGCCAGCGCACACCGUUUGCAUGUGGAAAGUACAGAAUGGCGGGAGAGCAAAUCAUGGGAGAUACAAUUUUCCGGACCGGUACCGUCGCCUUCACCGGGUGCAGGAGAUGUAUGGAUGCAUGUACCAUCACCGGCAAGAGGCCGCUACCGUCAGUGGGAGGGGUGCUGCCGUCAGCAGGGGGGGCUACCUUCCGCGGGAGGGGUGCACUGCCGUCUGCUGUAAGGGCGUUACCGUCCGUUGAAGAGGCGCUGUCGUCAGCUGGAGGGGCUGUAGGAGGGCCGCAUUCAGUAGCAGAAGGGGUGUCACCAGCAGGGAGGGGCGCUGCCAUUGGUGCGAGGAGGACCGGCGCUGCUGGCUACGGGAAGGAUGGUAGGAAGAGGUGCACCAGUGCCGCCAUCGACAAGAGGAGCGCUAGGAGCCUGCUCGGCUCUCCCCAUCAGUGCCACUGCCAGCACCUAGUGCAGUUGGGCGUCUGGGGUCGUUGAGCCUGGGUUGUCGCUAUCUGUUGUGUUGUUGCCCAUUCCUUUCGUUCCAGAGCCGGGAGUCAAUGUGCCAUCGCCGCAGCUUCGAGCGUCACGACCUAUGGGCGUCAGUGGGUG